CGACUUCACUGUCGUGUAUGGUGCAGAAAUGUCUCACUGACGGCCUGAAAUCAUUAUUUUACAAAAGGAUAGCCGUCUUUCUGAAAGCACCCAGAGAAAUGGAAGUGUUUUUACUAGGACGGAGGAUCUCACUUUAAGGUGAGAUGACGCCAUGAUCCUGCUCCCCUGCACCAGCUGAAGACUGACGCGUUGGACCAUAAAGCUGCUGUCACUAUGGGGACGGCGUCGAGCGAGCCAUGUAUCUACGACAAACUGUCUGAGAGCAUCGACAUCCUCCGGCAGUCGGGUUACCGCUACGGCAUGUCAGAGAGGGAGAUCGAGAGGUUCAUCAAGCAGGUCCUGGAGACCAAUGAACCCAGGAGAGAGCCUCCACAGUUCCCCCUUCUCAGAGCCACCAUCAAGUUUCUGUUGGCUGUGGGCUUCCUGCUGGUGGUGGUGCUGGCCUUCACCUACCCACAGAGCUCCCCCCAGCUGGGACUGGUGAAUCUGGGCUGCUGCAACUGGUCGUCCCCUCUCAGCCAUGUCCGCCUCCUCUCCCUUCCUAUUGCCAAGAAGUACAACCUGCAAGGUUUCCAUGAGUGGUGGAGUGCCGGUUCUCUCAGGCAGAGUCUGGUUAACUGCUCCGGAUGUGCAGAGAUCUCCUCUGUGCUGGAAGUCCCGGAGAGCCUCAGGGGGACUGUGACUCUGCGACGGGGACCACAGCUGGUCCUGCUGAAGGGUGGCGAGUCUCUCAGCAUCCAGCGACAGCAGCUGGAGGAGCUCUACUUGGCCCAUUCAGGCUCCAUGUCUAUUCUGCUUGAGGAGGACGGCGGCCUGCAUAACGACAACCUGGGCCUUCCUCAGGGACCCGCCAACUUCACUCUGCUCUGGAGGUUCAGCUCUGGAACUAGAGAAAAGGUGUUGAGAUGGCUCUUCCCAAAGGCUGAGCUCUGCCCCCUGCUGGACAGCGCUGGGACUGUCCUGCAGCGAUGCCUGGUCACCCAUAGCACAAACUCUCAGAGCAAGGGUGUCAGGGUGCUGGGUUGGCUGGUGGUGGGAGAGGGCCUGCCUACAGUCCGAGUUGUGCCUGUUCAGCGGUGCCAGAAACACUGUAGCUCCUUCAACCUUUGGCUCUCGCCAGGGGACAUGGUGUAUGCGGACCCUCGAUACUGGCAGAUGGAGCUGUUUCCCGGACGUGGCCAGAACAUCGUCUGUGACGGCACCACCUUUUAGUCUUCAGACAGGCAGAGCUCAGGACCUGGAUGUGAAACUCGACGCACCUUUGAAUGUUUGUGUUUGGAGCUUGUUGGCCUCUUCGUGCCCAUCGUCUCCCCAUUGUUGCCUUAUAGCACUACUAAUAUUUUGUUAAUAGAGCCUUUCUGGGCGGAUUGUCCUCUGGAAACUGAAACUGCACAGAAUAAGGUCAGCUGGGGAAACAGGAACUCCCUGCAGGGUCCUGAAGCUCAGAGGAAAAGAGACUCGUUCCUUAACUGAACUGCUGAAAAUCAUCUGUGCUUGUGCCGCAGCUUCUAGCUGAUUUCUAGCAAUUAAGAAAAAAAUUUCUUUAAAAUGAUUUGGGUGUUUUAUUGCUUAAGAAGGUAAAAAUCACUGGUCCCAGAAUCCGGAAUCACUGCCACCAUCUACAGUGAGGAAAAUGAGUAUUUUUACACCCCGCUAUUUUGCAAAAUCUCCCACUUAGAAAGCUUGGAGAGGUCUGCGAUUGUCCACUAAGAGAGACAUGAUCUAAAAAAAAAAAAAAAAUCCAGAAAUCACAAUAUAUGAUUUUUAAACUAUUUAUUUGUAUGUUACAGCUGCAAAUAAUUAUUUUAACACCUGAGAAAAUCAAUGUUAAUAUUUGGUACUUCUUUGCAAUUAAUUUUUCUUCCCUAGAUCAGUCAGGUUUCUGGGCUGUCGCUGAGAAACACAGAGUUUGAGCUCCCUCCAAAGAUUCUCUAUUGGUUUUAGGUCUGGAGACUGGCUAGGCCACACCAAAACCUUGAUAUGCUUCUUCCAGAGCCACUCCUUGGAUGUGUUCAUUCGGGUCAUUGUCAUGUUGGUAGAUCCAGCCUCCACCCAUCUUCAAUGCUCUGAGGGAAGGAAGUUGUUCCCUAAAAUCUGGCAAUACAUGCCCCUGGUCAUCCUCUCCUGAAUACAGUGCAGUCUCCCUGUCCCAUGUGCAGAAAAAAAAAAAACCAAAGCAUGAUGCUACCACCACCAUGCUUCACAGUAGGCAUGGUGGUCUUAGGAUGGUUCUCAUCAUUCCUCUUCCUCCAAACACAGUUAGUGGAAUUCUGACCAAAAAGUUCCUUUUUGGUCUCUUCUGACCCCAUGACUCCUCUGGAUAAUCUAAAUGGUCGUUGGCAAAUUUAAGAUGGGCCUUGACAUGUGCUAGUUUAAGCAGGGUAAAAUUCUGUGCCAUGCAUGAUUUCAAUCCAUGACGUCUUAGUGUUUUACAAACAGU